AUGACUUCGCUUGCAGACGACUUGGCCGCAGAUUUUGCGGAAAUCGACGAGGCUGAACAAGAAUACGAGGAGGAUGCUCCAGAAGGUGCUCAGAGCGGCCAUGCAACGGCCAAGCAAGAUGCAGAAGGAGACGAGGAAAUGUCAGACGGCGAAGAGGAAGAAGCCAACGGUCCAACAGGUAUAGACGACCAGGGAGUCAUGGCCGGUGGUGUUAAACCUGCGGAACAGCUCGAUCCAGAGGCCGUUCAGCGCAUGGAACUUGGAAAGGUGGCGGACGUGACAAAGGUCGCGCGUCUUUUGGGAAGUAAAAAGCUCAACGACAUCAUUAGAGAUAUCGACCACUACUCUGCACUCCCAAGCGCCAUGAGCACGGCUUCUUUACCUGCCUAUGCCAACCCAGAGUAUAACCUCAUUGUAUCAGCAAAUAAUCUUUCCGUCGAGCUCGAGAAUGAAAUCAUGCUUGUAAACAAGUUCAUUCGAGAUCAUUAUGCGACAAAGUUUCCAGAACUGGAGACCUUGGUCGUGGACCCUCACAUGUAUAUCCGUUCCGUACGAGCCUUGGCAAACCACGAGGAUCCAACCAAAGUUCAGCUAGACGGCGUGCUCCCGCCUGCUAUCAAAAUGAGCUUGCUCAUGACUGCGACGAACACGCGAGGUCAGCAGCUCACAGAAGCCCAGUGGAAGAGUAUUGAAAAGGCAUGCGAUACCGCGGAAAAGCUGGAGGAAAUCAAGCAAAAGAUUUUCGCCUAUGUCAGCUCUCGAAUGAACAUUCUCGCACCAAAUCUAUCAGCUAUUGUCGGAACUGGCACCGCUGCCAAACUAUUGGGAGUGGCAGGCGGACUACAAGCGUUUGCUAACAUGCCAUCCUGCAAUGUUCACCUUUUGGGAGCCCAGAAGAAGAUUACCGCUGGCUUCUCCACCGCGACUCAAGGCCGUCACACUGGAUUCUUGUUCCAGUCCGAGGUCGUUGUGAGCACACCACCAGAGUAUAAGCGCAGGAUCCAAAGGACACUCGCUGGCAAAUGCACAUUGGCCGCGCGUAUGGAUUUGGAGCGGAAACUACGAGAUGGAAGCUAUGGAUCCAGACUACGCGCACAAGUGGAAAAGAGAAUAGACCAGCUGGCCGCACCCCCGCCGUCCAAGAUGACCAAGGCACUCCCCAUCCCAGAUGAGGGCAAGAAGAAGCGGCGAGGCGGCAAACGCGCGCGAAAGGCCAAAGAGGCAUAUGCGCAGAGCGAGCUGGCUAAAAUGCGAAACAGGAUGGAAUUUGGCGUCGAGGAAGAGGAAGUGGGCGCGUUUGACGAGACGGAGGGAUUGGGCAUGAUCAACUCGGGCAAGAUUCGUGCACAAGUCGGAAAGACGGCGACAAAAGCCAAGAUGAGCAAGAUGAACAAGAACAGGAUAGCCGCGCUCAACCGGUCGUCGCAGUCGAGUCAAGGAAGCGGAACAGCGACUUCACUCGUUUUUACACCUGUACAAGGAUUCGAGCUCACCAAUCACUCGCUCAUGGCUCAGCGUGUCAAAGCCGCCAACGAAAAAUGGUUUGGAGGCGGUACAUUCUCGCAUGUACCUGGUUCAUCGACCAACUCGUAG